AUGUCCAUCUUACGGUCAAGUAUCCCUCGCACUGUUUUAGCUCCAGGGUCGUCGACCCAAGCACUCCGAGCAACAUGCUUGGUCUGCCACUCCGCACCUCUCACAUCCCCCUCACCACGAUGGACUCCAUAUACUCGAGCCUUCAGCACUACACCACGCCGACCCAUCAAAGACUUCUUCCCGGCCCCUGACACACCUGGUAUCGUCAAAACCGAAGCAGCAUGGCCCCACCCCGUCUACACCGACGCGCAAAUGAAAGCCGUCGUGGUCGCCCACCGCGACGUGCGCAACAUGUCCGACCGCGUCGCCUUCACCAUGGUCCGCAUCCUGCGGUGGGGCCUGGACCUGGCAUCCGGCUACAAGCACGAUAAAGCGUACGGGAUGAACGAGAGGAAGUAUCUGAUCCGGAAUAUCUUCUUGGAGUCGGUGGCGGGGGUCCCGGGGAUGGUGGCGGGGAUGCUAAGGCAUUUGCAUAGCAUGCGGAGGAUGAAGCGGGAUAAUGGUUGGAUCGAAACCCUCCUCGAAGAAUCAUACAAUGAGCGCAUGCAUCUCCUGAUCUUCCUAAAGAUCGGCGAGCCCGGCUGGUUCAUGCGAUUCCUCGUCCUUGGCGCCCAAGGUGUCUUCUUCAACGCCAUGUUCAUCAGCUACCUGAUCUCGCCGCGCACCUGCCACCGCUUCGUCGGCUUCCUAGAGGAGGAGGCCGUGCUGACGUACUCGCGGGAGAUCGAGGCCAUCGAGGCUGGCAAGCUGCCGAAAUGGGAGAAGAUGGACGCACCACAGAUCGCCAUCGAUUACUAUAAGAUGCCGGAGGGCCAGCGGACGAUGAAGGAUCUGCUGAUGUACGUCCGUGCGGACGAGUCGAAGCAUCGGGAGGUGAAUCACACGUUGGCCAAUCUUGACCAGAACAGCGACCCGAAUCCGUACGUGUCGAAGUUCGAAGACCCGAGCAAGCCACAUCCGCGGAAAGACCUGGCCUAUCAACGGCCCACCGGCUGGGAGCGCGACGAUGUCAUCAACUAG